AUGUUGGCUACCUUCCAACUGAAAAAUCAAGAACGACGGCUUUCAAAGCUCGUAGAUGAAGAUGAAAUUGCUAAGUCAUUUUUGAGACAGCGCGAGUUCCGCGGUAAGAAGACAGAUUCUCUGGAGAUGCAAGAACUUGCCAGAAAACUCAAAGGAGAUGUUGAUGAGGCAUGGAGGAGGAAGGUUGAGGACAUGGCUGGAAGAAAUCCAAAUGAAAUUCGGGAGGAGUACAGGCUUGUUUUCGCUAUUCUUGCUUGCUUGGUUAGAUGGCUGCGCGCAGUUCAGGAUAGUAACCACCGUCGUCGAGUGAGGGCCGAGCGUAAAGAAAAACGGAAGAAAGACGAGUUGGCAGCGGAAGGGUUGUCAUCGACGAAGAUGUCCGUAGAAGAGAAGCCGAAUUAG